GCGCAGGGGAGCCACCAGCCCCUCUUAAGAGGGGAACCUUGCGCGCAGCCUGGCAGUCGGAGCUGGCCGGUGGCUCUGCCAGGCGAGCGUGGGGUAGCCGCUCGCUCCUCUGCUCCCGUAGCCCGAGGGACUGAAACUUCCGUGGGCGGCUCCCACCGCAGCGUACUGCUCGGGGCGCACCAGCGACGGGGGAGAGGGAGACCGGACGCGAGCUCCAGCAGGAGCCGGGGCGGGCAGCCCGCUGGCCCCGCGCCCAGCAGCAGCCGCGGCUGCCGCCAGCCGGGCGGGCUCCGGGACUGCAGGGGAGGUGCGGACACUCGCAGCGUCCGGAAACGGUGGCCAGAGCCAUGAGGACCGAGCACGGAGCUGGCGGAGGCAGAGCGCAGCCAGCCGCUGCGCUUGCCGCCGGGAGCUCUGCAUGCACUGCCCUUCUCCUUCGCUGCUUCUCGCCCCGGAGGUGAAUACAAGGGAAAGCGCACCCCUCCUUCGCCGGACCCCGACGCUGAAGCGCUCCAGCCGCGCGACCUGGCUCUUGGUCCGUAGCGGGGCUGUCCCCUGGGGCAUGCACAAGGAAGGUCGGAUCGCAAGCCAAGACUCCAGGAUCGUUCCUUCUGUGGUGCUCCAGUGAAGGCCGAGCCUAGCGGGGACCGGGUCACUUGCUAGGUGGGAUGACUUAGACCCUAACUCUGCAGCCUGGGCUUCGAGACAGAGGGGAGUGGCUCUCACGGAAAGCUUCUGGGGUCGCCGAGUCAUAACUUCUUGGGGGAGAUCUGUGUCCUCUAGACACAUCACCGGUGCCCAGAGCAGUGCCAUGUGGGGCGGACGCUGCUUCCCUUCCACCUCUUCAGGGCACCGCGCGUCGCUGCUACAGCUGCUGCUGGCCGGGCUGCUGGCGGCGGGGGCGCGGGCCAGCGGCGAGUACUGCCACGGCUGGCUGGACGCGCAGGGCGUCUGGCGCAUCGGCUUCCAGUGCCCUGAGCGCUUCGACGGCGGCGACGCCACCAUCUGCUGUGGCAGCUGCGCGCUGCGCUACUGCUGCUCCAGCGCAGAAGCGCGCUUGGAUCAGGGAGGCUGCGACAACGACCGCCAGCAGGGUGUAGGGGAGCCCGGCCGGACAGACCGAGAAGGCCCAGACAGCUCGGCAGUCCCCAUCUACGUGCCCUUUCUUAUCGUUGGCUCUGUGUUUGUCGCCUUCAUCAUCCUCGGGUCCCUCGUCGCAGCGUGCUGUUGCAGGUGUCUGAGGCCGAAGCAGGACCCUCAGCAGAGCAGAGCCCCAGGGGGCAACCGCCUGAUGGAGACCAUUCCCAUGAUCCCCAGUGCCAGUACUUCGCGGGGCUCCUCCUCUCGUCAGUCCAGCACCGCUGCCAGUUCCAGCUCCAGUGCGAAUUCGGGGGCCCGGGCUCCCCCAACAAGGUCACAGACCAACUGCUGCUUGCCCGAGGGAACUAUGAACAACGUGUACGUCAACAUGCCCACCAAUUUCUCCGUACUGAACUGUCAGCAGGCCACCCAGAUCGUACCCCACCAAGGGCAGUACCUGCAUACCCCGUAUGUGGGGUACGCGGUGCAGCACGACUCUGUGCCCAUGACGCCAGUGCCCCCGUUCAUGGAUGGCCUGCAGCCCGGCUACAGACCAGUGCAGCCCCCCUUUGCCCACACUAACAGUGAGCAGAAGAUGUACCCCGCGGUGACUGUAUAGCCUGCAGGUCACCCAGUUAGACUCCUGUACGAGACUGCGCAAAAC